AUGUUUCGUUUUGGCAUAAACCAUAUUUUGAACAAGGUCAACAUAGAAGGAAAACAAAUGACUUCUUUCGAUGUACAAUUCCUGUUCACUAAUGUACCAGUUCGUGAGGUCAUACAAAUCACGUGUGAUCACGUGAAGGAACAAAUUCAACUGAGUCUACUGGUGUUCGUCCUUGAGCGUCUGUUACUAUUCUGCACAAUCGACGUGUCUUUCUCUUUUCAUGGAAAUGGAUACAGGCAAAUUGAUGGUGGCGCCAUGGGCAACCCGAAAGGGUCAGUCCUGGCAAACUUGCUGAUAGCGCAUCUGGAACUGAUUGUACCAGGCAUGCUAUCCGGUACGAAAAUCACGUCGUUACGUGGGAUAUUGCGUGCUAGUGCCAGUGCGGUCCAGCGCUUAUAUGAUCCAGUCCGUGAUUGCUAA